GUCAAAUUGAGGUUAUGUCAUAACAGCUGUUUACAUAUUUUUUCUAAUGUAAAAAAGCAGAGAACACUGUGCCAAUCUAAAAACGAAGAAAAAAGUAAUGUCUUUGGGUAAUUUUGGUAGAAUCGCUGUCGGACUGUUAUAACUGUGGUAGGUGUGUACUCGUUUGUAAUAUCGAAAAAUUCUGUGGAUAAGCGACGUUACGAGGAUAUGCAAAUACGGGAACGCAUGAAAAAAGCAAAUAUUGGUGAUUACGAAUCCGUGGGAACUAGACGUUUUAACGCUUAAUUAACAACAUAAAAAGAAAUAUAUAUAUAAAAACUAACACCUUAAAAUCUUCCUGAGUUAGCAGCAAAGAUUUUUAAUCUAAAAUUUUUUAAAAAACUUUAAACUACACACGUGUAUUUGGAAUACUAUUUAAAAAAAAAAUGGCCAUGCCCCAGAUUAGUCCCGCCGAACAGGCUAAAUUACAAAUGAUGCAAGAAAUGGAAAUUGAAAUGAUGUCGGAUUUAUAUAAUCGCAUGACAAAUGCUUGUCACAAAAAAUGUAUACCACCACGUUAUGGAGAAGCUGAAUUGGGCAAAGGUGAAAUGGUUUGCAUUGAUCGUUGUGUUGCUAAAUAUUUGGAUAUUCACGAAAAGAUUGGCAAAAAACUUACCGCCAUGUCUAUACAAGAUGAAGAACUAAUGAAGAAAAUGUCCAAUUAAAUUUAGUUGUAAUCAUAUUUCUUUUUUCUUUUGUUCAUUUUUAAUAUUAAAAUACAAUUAAUCGUUUUUUUUUUAAACUGUACAUAGCAA